AUGUCUUCUCAAAAUGCAGAGGAAGUAGAUGAUGAACGUCAUCGGUUUCUUUCCAAGAAAUCUUUAUCUGAGGACGAAGCGCCGAUAUUCUCGUCUCAGUCUCUUGGCGGAACAAGUCGAGUAGAAAGGAACGAAAAGUCGUACACCCUAGUGCUUCAAUCGAGCUGGAUGCCCUUGCGUGGGGUGACCAUUGGGAGUGUCGCCAUCUUACACAGUGCCUAUCAUAUCCAAGACGACUCCACCGCCGUCGUUCCUUACUCGUCUGUCACAGCGGCCUGUCGCGACAAAGCCGGCUACUCUCUGGUCCGUGUUCAUACUGGUGGUACGGUUCAGCUCAAUGCAGAAGUUGAAGUUUUCGCUCUCCUCCCGUCAUCCUUCCGCAUGAGCAUGGCGAUGACAUUACGUGUGCUUUGCGCAGUAGACAUGGACGAGCGAAAACUGAAGAUGUAA